CCUAAGGUAAACACUGACUGUCAGCAAGGUUUUUACCAUCAAAGAUCAUUAGUUGACAUUUAUCUCCUAUAAAAUUGGUAGACGCCUGAGUGAUAUAAUGUUUAGGUGCGGUUAAAGGUGACACCAUUAUGUCCGAGGAUGCAGAGUUAUCAAGUGUAGCAGCUACUGUUUAUGAUUUACUUCGCACAGUAAGAGACCCAGAAAAGGACGCAACACUUGAAGAUCUUGAAGUCAUACGAGAGGAGGGAAUUAAGGUAACAAGGUUGAAUAAUGACAAGUUCUUAAUCAAAAUAGAAUUUGUUCCAACUGUUCCACACUGCUCUCUGGCCACACUGAUUGGCCUUUGUGUGAGGGUCAAAUUGAGUCGUUCUUUACCAUACCCAUUCAAGGCUGACAUAUGUAUAGCUCCUGGCACUCAUAAUACAGAACUGGAUGGUGAGUAUUGUGCCGAGAUAACUCCCUGUUGUCAUUGCCAUUUCCUGUCACUUUCUAUACUUUUCCUGUGUUACUCCCAUCAUCUCCUCCCCUUUCUUAAUUGGUGUCUGUAGCCUUUGAUCUACCUCAUACAAAGGUAGAGGAGUAAAGAUAUUAAAAUGAUUUAGUUAUGAAGAUCUUAUAUACUUGUACAGGUUGACAAUCCCUUAUCCGAAAUCCUUGGGACCAGAUGUAUUUCGGUUUUUGGAAUUUUUCGGUUUUCA